AUGGGCCUGCAGCAGGAAAUGUGUGAUGUGAACGUUUCAAAACCUGACAACACAUUAACCUCACAGUGCGACUAUUCUGCCGCACAGAAAGGCAACUUGGACCAGCACAUAGCAGCAAAACACAGUGAGAAACCCUACAUAUGUCGGAAGUCGCGGAAAGAUGAUUUGAAGAAACAUGUAGCAAACCACACCGGUAACAAACCCUUCAUGUGUGUAGAGUGUGAGAAACCCUACAUGUGUGGGGAGUGUGGUCAUAGGACAGCCGAAAAGUCUGACUUAGCCCGACAUAUGAGGACGCAUACAGGUGAAAAACCCUAA